AUGAACUGGAAGUUUCCAAGUGAGCGGACACAUUCCAUUCUAUCAUCGGACAAAAUGGACAAGACUACUAUGAAUAAUAGCGAUAUAGAUACAGGCAUUGACAGUCCCUAUACGGAAAUAGCUCUUAAGAGAAUUAUUAAUAAGGAUUAUGAAGGAAGAAAAUUACUUAUUUGCAUCCUUUUGCUUCUAACCUAUCGUUUCAUCAUCGCUCUUUCUAAUCUUGCUUACAUUCGUCUUGAGCUUAACCAUAUAGAACUUGUUGUUCAAUAUAAAGACUGGAUUUCCGUACUUCGGUAUGUUCACUUAAUUGUUUAUGGUGUGAUUUGCAUCAACAUUGCUGCAAGUAUCAUACGACUUCUAAAGCCUCAGGAUAAGUGCUUAGAUCUUCCUUUGAAUAAUAAGCAAAGAAAAAUCAUUGGACUUCCGCUAGUUCAAGGAAAUCGUGGAGAUGGUAGCCACAAUUAUCAUGAUGAUUACGAUGAAAUUCAGGAUCGAGACAAUAUCCCCAUCGCAAGAUCUCUAAUUCACGAAAAUCCAACGGUGUUGAGUCCAAGUAAAAGAGACGGAAACAAUAAUACAGAUCCGAUGGAAAUCUCCAGAUCAUUUGCAAACAUGAACCUAUCCACAAAUUCCCAGAGAAAAGUGACUACAAAUAAUGGGAACACCACGUCUCCCGAAAAAAUUAAAGAACGACUCCUAUCGUCCAGGAAACGGCUGCCACAACAACUCGUGGAAGGAGGAUAUCUGAGAAGUGGUAGUACUCCAUUACGUUCUUCUCCUAACACUCCUGCGUUGAACACUUCGUUUAAAAGACCUUCAAACAAGUUCAUCUAUGACUUGAGCAAUGACGACACUAUUGUCAAUACAACUGGAAUAGACAGAUCAUUCUACUAA